AUGACAAAGGCGUCUGUUAUUCAUUGUCUUUAUCAAAGGAUAGAAGAAAAAGCAAAGCAAAUAAUCAAAAAAAUCGAAUGGAGUAGCGAAGUUAUUAUAGCAAAAGGGGAAAAGACAUUACAAGAUACAGCAACAACAGCUUCAACUGCAUCUUCAAUCAACAACAGUGAAUCAAACGAAAAGAAUAAUUCUUUAACACUUGAUUGUUGCUGCGUACUUGUUCAAAUAACUCCUGUGGCAACGGGAAAAGGAUCGCAACCUUCGUCGGUAGUCGAUGUAACGAAGAAAACUGGAGAUGGGAUAAGUGGCCGAGCUAACGGCGCUGCACCGAUUUGUCGUUGUAGCAGUGCCGUGGCGAACAAUGUAAGUAGAUCAACAGAAGGCACAAACGCCACCCCGUCAACCAGUAAAUCACUGACUGGACAAUCAUUCGGUGCCAAAAGUAGGUCGGGUUCGUUAGAUCAACUCCUCUUCUUAACAGAUCAAUUAGCGGCACAAACAAUUCAACGACAAGAGAAUAGACAAACGGGUCGAAGAGAAAUUACUGCUGAUGAUCUCUUUAAUUAUCUUAAAGAUAUAAAUGGAGAUCUUAAAUUUGUAGAUAAGAAAAAAUUAGCUCAAUUAUUGCUUCAGAACACAGAGACGAUUGUUGCACAACAGCAUCAUCAAUUGCAACAUCAAACAAUACAAAGUGCAACGGGUACGAUAAGAAAACAUGCGCCAGCAAGUCGACAAGAGUCAUCAGGUGAACCAAAGCAAAUUCACUUUGUUAAUCAUGUUGGUCCAACACCCCCGCCUUCAGUGCCCAUCGAUGUACCGACCAAAGGUAUUUUACAAACAAGAAAAGUCAACAGUGGCUCAAAGUUCGGAAAGAGUGACGUCAUUGACCCAGUUCAACAGCAAAAAGAAUUUAGUGAUGAAUGGUUGAAUCGUUCACAUUUUCAACGUACAUCAUCAAGAUCUGUUGACGUAUCUGGAAUGUCAAAGCCCGAAGAUACUACAAAAAAGCAUCAUAAGCAUCAUCAACGUCAUUUUUCCGGACCUGAAGAUUUGGAAGCAUUAAAGAAAGACAUCACACAUUGGCUUGAAAGACUUCCUUAUAAAAAAGACGCCGCCCUAUUGGAUCUUAUUGAAACGGCAGCUAAACUUAAACAGCAACAAAUUCAAUCGACGGGAACAAAACCCAAAUCUAUAAUUAAAAACGAAUUUGCUGAUAUUAUUCGUCCACCUUUGCCACAAAAGCAGAGACAACAGCAACAACAACAGCCACCCCCACUCCCAUUAAAACAGUUUCAACGUCAAAAAUCCGCCGAUGACCUGCGUGUCCUUAAAAAUAACAUUCUAGAAUGGUUAACAAAGCAACAGAUAAUGAAUCAACAAAGGUUGUUGCAACAUCAGCAACAACAACAACAACAGCAAAUGGUGCCAUUAAAAAGUGCCAUUGUAGAUAUGAAACAAAGUAGCGAACAAACUUCAGCAGCUCCCCCACCAUUGCCUCGAAAAACUCAUCAAAAGCUUCACAAGAGGCACUCCCUUGGACCAAGUGACACCUCGUCCGAUUUCCACGAAGUGCCCGACUGGAUACAAAUACCGAUUGAUAAGCUCAAUAAGAUGCGUGAAGUUCAGAAAAGCUGCACAGAAAUGUCACGAAAAGGUAGUGGAAAAGAAAAAGCACAACAUGAGCGUGUUCAUCAUCGUUCAGCCGAACGAAAGUUACGUCACUCGGCGAGUGAAGUUGUUCAGUCGAAUGUAGAUAGAAACUAUCAAAAACAUAAUCAGCAACAAUUAGUGCAGCAACCACCCACACAACAACAGCAACCGCAACAAAUUCAAUAUCAGCUGAUUCAACACCAGCCACAACAAGCCUCUGCUUCACAUCACUUUCAACAGACCAAGCCACCGGAAGUGCAAUAUCAAGUGGUUCAACGUUAUCGUGAACCGACAGCUAAAAGUGAGAAAACGCAACAUCAUAGUCAUCAUGGUCAUCACGGUCAUGGUCAUUCAUCGACGACUGAACGUUCAACAAAGCGCGAUAAGCCACGUCACAGACAAACACAACGCUCAGCAACAACGGGCAAUAUUUUACAAAACAAACAACAUCAUCAACCCCACCAGCCUGUUCCGGAAGCGAAGCCCAUUUAUCAGUCGACAACUUCGCUCGCUUUACAGCGCUGUGAUGACCCAAUGUGUCCCCUGCUGCCUAUUUGUACGGAUCCGAAUUGUUAUUUGAAUGCCAAUUCAUAUUACGAUACGCCACGACGUGCCUCAUUACCACCGCAUUCAAACGAAAUGCCACAAAACGAUAUUUGUACAGACCCGCGAUGUUGCGAAAUGUUACCACUCUGUACAGAUCCACGUUGUUGUGGCACAAUCGCUCGAUCAAAAUCAAAAGCCAAUGGCGUUAGUGCCCAUCAUAAAUUCAAAAGCAAUUCACUGCCACGUUGUGUUGAAUCGACACGUCGUUCUGAUCUUUUUCUCCCAGGAUUAAGUAAAGAUGAAUCAUAUUCAUCACUACCUAAGUCAGCAACACUCUCAUCAGCGACUGCUCGUGUCACUAAUGCUGUGCCACCAAAAACCACAAAAUCGAAAAGUCAUCAUCGUAAUGGUAACAAUAAGCUCAUGAAAUCUGCAUCAACUGCCUCGUUGCACUCGCGUCGUCGACGACAUAAAACUGUUCACUUUGGCGAAAAUCUGCUGCGUGAAGUGUGCCAAAAUCGUCAGCUUAUAAGACCGUUAACUGAUCAACCGUCCAAUUCAUCGACGCCAUCUCUGCAGCCAAAUAUACAAAUGUUAUAUAAUUUUGUUGAAGGAGUUUUGAGUGCCUGGGUGGAUGAAGAAGAUGAUGAAAAUAUCAAAUCGGGACCCGAUUCAGAGCCCGAACGUGGUGCUGUUUUAAAGCCUAUGCAUCGAUGCAAUCGUGCUCGAAUGCAAACAAUUAGACGUGUCGUUAACGAAGCGGCUUCGUUGAAAGGCACACUAAAGCUCGGUAAUUCACGUUAUCGCCAUCGACAUUGGCGUGGCACUGCCAAAGACUGUAACGAGCGAUUCCUUAGGAAGAUCAGCGACGAUGAUCGAAUGAGCUUAACGACUGCCAUUUCGGAUGAAGAUGAUGGUGAGAGUAUCAUGGCAUCACCAUAUAAAGCUAAAGCAACGGGUACAGCUGCUGCAUCGUUCAAUUGCACUGGAGCUGUUCGAAAAGCAGGCUUUUUAUCUGUUAAAAAAUGGCUAUUGCGCAAAAAGCAUCAAAUUGAAUUGGCUCGUAAACGAGGCUGGAAAGGCUAUUGGGUCUGUUUAAAGGGCACAACAUUACUCUUCUAUCCUUGUGAUUCACGCGAGGGACGUUCAGUUGAAGCAGCGCCGAAGCACUUAAUCAUCGUUGAUGGCGCUAUUAUGCAACCGAUUCCCGAACAUCCAAAACGUGAUUACAUAUUUUGCCUUAGCACCGCUUUCGGAGAUGCUUAUUUGUUUCAAGCACCAUGUCAAGUGGAACUUGAAAAUUGGGUCAACAGCAUCCAUUCAGCUUGUGCUGCAGCUUUUGCACGUCAUCGUGGCAAAACGGGAACUUUACAUUUACUUCAGGAAGAAAUUUUCCGUUUGGAUAAAGCAAUUGAAUCGGAUCAUAAACUUAAGCAUAUGGCAGAUCUGCAGCAGAGUGUGGUCACCGACCAAGACACACGUCAUCAAAUUCAACAGCAGAUAAUCACAUGGGAAGAAAAUUUGGAGCGACUUCAUUGUGAACAAUUUCGCUUACGAUGCUACAUGGCUUCGUUGCAAUGUGGCGAACUUCCCAAUCCUAAAUCUCUUCUCACUCACGUGUCACGCCCAACAAAGAACACUUUGAACAAAUUGGGCGUUUUCACUGUCUCAUCAUUCCACGCUUUUAUUUGCGCUCGUUCACCGUCGUUGUUGAACAAUUUAUUGGCUGGGCGUGGUGCAACGAAACGACGACCACCGCUAUUAUCACGUUCAAAUAGUGGUUCAAGUCGACGUUCAAUGCAGAUGAGUACUCGUGAUGACUCUGAGAAGAGUUAUAAUGUUCCCUUACCCGAUAACAGUUACGUUACUGUUUACUUGAGGGAUUCGAUGACAAAUGAAGAGUUUUUGGCGAGUGCUUGCGUUCGAAAGAAUUUAAAUCCAAUGGAACAUUUUGUAAGAGUUAAAAAGCGACGUGAAAUGGAGGAUCACAAUUACUUUGUACCUCACCGAAAUGAUUUAAUUGAAACUUACUUGCACACUCAUGAGGUUGUUGAAGUCUGCGCUAAAAUUUUAUAUCAAGUUGAAUUACAACGAUCAACUUUGGAACAAAUGUGGGGAUUCUCAGUUGAAGCUGAACUCAUUGAGAAUGCCGACCGUCAAGACGAAUUGUGUUGCUAUGUCAGUCGUGUUGAAGACAAGAGUGUCGCUCUUCAGAACGGUAUAAUAAAAGGAGAUGAGAUCAUUGUCAUCAACGGUGCCAUUGUGUCGGAUCUAGAUAUGAUGUAUUUGGAAAGUGUUUUGCAAGAAGAACAAGCUUUAUGCAUGAUGAUGAGGUCAUCUCGUGUCGAGCCACCAGAUCUUGCUGGUAUUUUACGUUCAACAGACGAUAUCAUUGAGUCAUUGGUGUGUCCACCCCCACCAUCAGACCCACCAAUGAUUAGUGAAGAAAUGAUUUCUGGUUUGAUUGUACCAGCACCUGGUUGGAGACGUCCGGGAAUGUCUGCCAAAGACAUGUAUUCGCCUGAACAUCAUGAUUCAGUGACAUCAGAUCAGCAACUCAUUGAAAGCAGUCGCCCCAAGCAAUCAUCACGAACGAGCAGCUUUGAAAUUGAAAAUUUGUUGAAGACAGCUGAACAAGUGACAACUUACUGUCGUUCACCCCAAGAAACGAGAAAAUCUAGUCCCACAGGAUCAGUAACAUCAUCAGCAUCAAAUGCUGUACUGACACCAUCACGUCAGCUCACCGACGCUGAGAAAUUACGCAAAGUCAUUUUAGAGUUGGUUGACACUGAACGAGCCUAUGUUAAGCACUUGAAUAAUCUUCUCGAGAACUACUUGGAACCGUUGAAACGUGAAACUUUCCUAUCCAAUGCCGAGAUUACGGCCUUAUUUGGCAACAUUCAGGAAAUCGUCACAUUCCAGCGUCAAUUUUUACAAAACUUAGAAGAAGCCUUAGAGAUAGAGCCCGAUUUUCAUAGAUUCGAACACUCUAGCCAAUUCAAAAAUGUUCUCUUUGCCAUUGGGUCGGCAUUUUUAUAUUACGUCAAUCAUUUCAAGUUGUACUCUUCAUUCUGUGCAAGUCAUAGUAAAGCACAGAAAGUUCUACAUCCAAAUGAAGGCAAUCAAGCAUUACAGGAAUUUUUGUUAUCCAAAAAUCCAAGACAAGAGCAUAGUAGCACCCUUGAGUCAUAUCUAAUAAAACCAAUUCAGAGAAUUUUAAAAUAUCCAUUGUUGCUACAGCAACUUAAGAACUUAACUGAUCCAUAUGCGGAAGAACAUCACCAUUUAAUUGAAGCUUUAAAAGGAAUGGAGAAAGUCGCUGAACACAUCAAUGAGAUGCAACGAAUACAUGAAGAAUAUGGCGCGAUUUUUGAUCAUCUCUUCCGACAACAUCAGAAAUCGUGUAAGCAGCCACUUGAUUUAAGUCCUGAUUCAAUCGCUUGUUUAGGUGACUUGCUUUAUUAUGGUGGCGUUGAGUGGCUCAACAUUUCCGACUUUCUUGGUAAAAUAAAGAAAGGUUUGGAACUUCAUGCAAUGUGCUUCGUAUUCAAAUCAGCCGUUGUCUUCCUAUGCAAGGAACGCCUCAGACAAAAGAAGAAACUGAUGGGUGUGUCUAGCAAAAAUACUCCAAAUGAAGUAGAAAUUAUUCGGUAUCAAGUUCUUAUUCCGGUAACAGAAGUUCAAGUUCGUGCAUCAUCAGCCAAGGACAUGGAUUCGCAUUUCUUGUGGGAACUUAUUCAUCUACGUUCACAACUUCAACGUCGUUCAGAGAAGGUUUACGUUCUUUCCAAUAGCACAGCUGACUUCCGUAAUGCUUUCUUAAAGACAAUUCGUCAGAUUAUUCGCGAAAGUGUCCGAAAUAUGUCGAUUCCAAUGAAAGAGCGUGGAAGUAUGAGUUCGGUGUCGUCUAUUGGUCAACCUCAUUAUUCAGGAAACUCUCAGACACUUGAGAGACCCAAACAACAAUCAAACUUCCAACAAGGAUCUCAUACGCUUGGAAAGCCAAAGAAGAAGACAUCGCAGCGUCUUAGCACGGGUAAUAUCGAUUAUGACAAUCUUCCAGGCUCUCAUGAACAUACUCAUCAUGAUUAUCAAGAUGAAGCUCCACCACCAGCAUUCCGUAUCAGAAGUAAAACUGUUGGUGACGAACCACCACCAGUUCCAAAACGAACAACAAGCGAAUUAUCAACAGAGAAAGAUCCAGGAGUGAAAUCGGAAGGUGAAGAAGAAUCAUUAAUGGCUCAUCGAUCUAAAUCUUUAGGUCGAACGCCAAAUCAUUUGACAUUGAGCACAACAUCGACGUUAUCUGUUGGAAGUACAGGCAGUCAAGCACGUUUGAUCCAAUCAUCUCAUGCACCAUCACAUUAUCAGCCAGUUUUGAUGAAAGAUUUAGGUAAGACAUCAUCCACUGAUUCCACAGAAUCAAUUAGUUUUCACACUGAAAAGUCAUCUGACUCGACAUCGGGUGUUGACGUUAAUGAUGACGUAUGUCAAUUGACAGACGAGAUUGUUGAUAAGCAUUUGGCUGAUUUAAAACGAAAAUGUAUGUCAUAUGAUACUCGCGAUGUGGCAAAAUUUAUGGAGAAGUUAAAGACUCAAUCAGAGUCUUUGGAUGGGGAAGGUGAUGAGGAGAAGAAGGUUGAAGAAAGCAGCAGCAGUGUUGGUGGUGUUGAAAAACGAUUGCGCAAAGAGUCCGAAUCGAAGAAGGAGUUGGAGAGUGUUCCGAAAGUGAAAGAUGUAAAAGCGGAAGCUAAAACAUCCGAAAAGGAAGUGAAGAAAGAUACAAUUCAGGUGAAGCAACUAAGGAAAUCUUCAUUGUCACCUCAAGGCUCAAUGAGAAAGCCAAAAACUAUUGAUAUGGACACAUACGCUUCGUCUUCAUCUGGAGGCGAUAAUCAAGUUCAUAUCGUAAAAAUAAAAUCAUCACCUAGUGGAAGUCGAAAAGCGUCACGUGAAAAUUCACGUAGCAAUUCAACUGAACGUUCGCCAUCGAAGGAGAAAUUGAAGAAACCCGAAGGUGGAAUUCUCAAAAAGCCAUCACCAAAGUUUGGUAAAGCAAGCGAAUCACUUCUAUCGAAUAGUUUAAGACCAGAUUGCUUUAUAAGUCCGUUCAGUAGUUUCGAAUCGAAGAGUGAUAAAUUGUCACCAUCAUCAGAGAUUAUGCCGAAUUUAUUUGUCAAAGAUGCGCAACAGCCACAUCGUGCUUCAUUUUCUGAAUAUGAACGCGAUCCGAAAGAUUAUCAUCAUCAAGCAAUGAAAUCGAGAUCAUUAGAGAGUAGCUUGGAGCAUUUGAAAUCGGCAAUGAAACAUCAAAGUAGCUACGAAAGUGGUUCUCCGACUAAUAUUUAUGAUCCAAGUCGCUAUUAUGGCUUAUCAUCCCAACAAUCAAUCGAAUCGAAUCGUUCACCUGUUCGUUAUUGCUCACCAAAUCCAACCCAUUACUAUAAUGAACCUUUCUACGAAUAUCCGAAACAUCAUCAUCAGAAGAAACGCCGUGAAAGUCGUUCACUUGAACGUCCCGAUUAUUCUCGUCAAAGCUCUUCGGAGUAUGAAAGAUAUUACGAAGAGCCUCAAAAUCGUCGUCACAGUGUCUACGAACAUCGUUCUAUUCCCCAUCACUAUUACUCAAUGUCACCAGAUGAUUAUUUAAUGUCACAUUACGAGCAGCCGUCAGCUUGCGUCGAUUGUUAUUAUCAAUCGUAUCACCAACCUCACUUGCAUUAUUCUCCCCAACUUCCUCCGCCUCUGCCACAACGUAAUCAGCCGCAACAAAAAAGCCCAUCAACAUCAAUUAAACGUCAAUCGCGUUCUCGUAAAAAACUUUCACGCCGAAUGUCUUCCAAUUAUUUCAAUAAGUCCUUUGACGAUGAUGACAUUCAUGCACAUGCAUCAGUUGAUGGCAAACAAACGAAUGAUAAUGAAGAGAUUCGUGUUUAA